AUGCCUGUGACAUUAGUAGACAGGUUGCCCUUGCCGAAUCUCAAGGUUUACACCGCGGGAAGUGUUUCUUUGCUUUCAAUAGCCAUUUAUUACGCUCUGAGUGCAACUAGUGAUCCGAACUGGCGGGUGAACGUGACACAGGGUCGGCAAGAAGGUAUGGCGGAGCCGGGAGAUCUCGAGGCGCAGCUGGUGAUGACUUCACCGCCGGUUGUCGCUGGGAACGGCACCAGGAACAUCUCGGAUCAGUUCGUAGAUGUAAUGACUUUUAUGAUGCAGGAGCCACUCUGCGUGUGGACCCUGAUCAACCUAGCAUACUGCUCACUCGCCGUAUUCGGCUUCGGCGUCCAACGACUCGUAUUUGGUCAACUCCGUGUCGCUGAGGCCCAACGCGUUAAAGACAAAUUCUGGAAUUAUGUCUUCUAUAAAUUCAUAUUCGUAUUCGGCGUCAUCAAUGUUCAAUACAUGGAUGAAGUGCUUCUGUGGUGCUCCUGGUUUACUCUCGUUGGCUUUCUUCAUCUACUGGGACAGUUAUGCAAGGAUAGGUACGAAUACCUGUCUUCGUCGCCGAACACGGAAGGUUGGGUCCAUGUGCGCCUGGCCUGCCUUCUUGGCGGUAUCUUGACUGCCGCCACCGCGUUGCUUGGGGCCGCUGCGGCCUGGGGACUGCCUGCCGGACGGGAUACCUUUGCCUUUAUGGCUGCUGAGUGCAUACUAGUGUUGGUGGCGGUCCUACACGUGGUGGCGCGGUACGUUCUCCAAUUGUACGAGUGCGACGUGGCCGGACCCGUUGCCUACUACACACAUCUUGUAUUUGACUCGGUGUCGCUGGUGGUAGAGCUGAUCCACGUGCUGCACAUGGUGGUGUACAGCAACAUGCUGGUAUCGAUGGCAUCCCUGGUGCUUCUGAUGCAGCUGCGGCACUUGCUGCACGAGCUGCAGGCGCGGGUUCGGCGGCAUCGGCUUUACACAUCGCUCGCCACGCAUAUGUCGCGCAAUUACCCGAUGGCCAGUAAAGAAGAAGUUGACAAGAAUCAGGACAACUGCGCCAUCUGCUGGGAGCCCAUGAAGGAAGCAAGGAAGCUGCCUUGCUCACAUCUCUUCCACAACUCGUGCCUGUGCCAGUGGGUGCAGCAGGACGCGUCGUGCCCGACGUGCCGGCGCGGACUGGCCGGCGCCGCGCCCGCGCGCCCCGCCCCUCACGCCGCGCCGCUGCCCAACCAUCUCUUCCACUUCGACGGAUCCCGUUACGUGUCUUGGCUGCCGAGCUUCUCCGUGGAAGUGACCCGUGUCCGCGGCGAGCUGGCCCCGGGCCCGGCGCUGGACAACACGGCUCAGCAGCUGCAACACAUGUUCCCGCAGUAUUCAAUAGCGACCCUAACUGCGGAUUUGUCAAGAACCGCCUCUGCCGACCUGACUCUUGAUAACAUCCUCGAAGGACGCCUGGUAGCGGCCGAACCUAUCCCUGAACCUGAGCCAUUGCCUGUGCAGCAACAGCCCACACUCCUCGACGUGGCGACGUCCACGAUCGAACCCUGGACACCUCCGUCGUCCGCGUACCUGUUACCAACUACGAGCACGGCAGGCACUGAUACUAUAGAGCGCUCCAACAGGGGAACGGGACACAGUACAGUUGCGCCUGAAAAUUUGGUAGAGGAUGACGUGUCGCUGGGCGGGUUCGCCCCCAGCGCGGCGUCGCGCGCGGCGGCGCUGGCGCGGCGCAAGGAGCGGCUGGUGGCGGGCGCGCGCCUGCGCUACCUGCGCCGCCUGCCGCGCGCGCCCUGA